AUUUUUCUUCACACUUGAACACAGAGAGAGAGAUUUCUUUUUUAUUUCACUAUCUCUAUGGAGAAAAACAAACGAGAAAAAUAUUGCAGAAAAUAAGAAAAGAUGUGUAGAAAGUGAGCUGAAGCAUGGACAACAUCACUGUAUCUGCUUCGGUAGAUAAUUAUAACCGAUUGGGCACCCUAGCUCUUCAAGAAUGCAUGCUUGUCGUCAUCAUGACAUCAGCAAUUAUUGGGAAUGCGUUGGUGUGUUACACUACAUGGAAACAAAAAUUACUUAAAAAUACUACCUGGAAUUAUUUAUUUAGUUUGUCCAUUUCUGAUAUGGCUGUUGCAUUUUUAGACAUUCCCAUUGUCAUAUACGCUACAUACGAUGAAGAUAUUUUAAAUAACGAAACGUUAUGUCAGUUUAAUGGAUUCUGUUUAGUGCUUUUCUUUCUGUCAUCUUUAAUGACAUUAGCUGUAAUAAGUUUACACAAAUUUUUAUUCGUUCAUCGCCCUUUAUACUGGAGAAGUGUCGAUCAUUCUUUGCAUUUUAUUACUGGUGUUUGGAUAGCAUCAUUUGUCGUAGCGAUAGGACCUGUCUUGGGUUGGAGCCGAUAUGUCCAUGUAGAUGGGAGAACGCAAUGCAUAGCUGGUGUAGAUAGAGCCGUAUCUGAUUACGUGUAUUUAGCAGUGUUUUUUAUUCUCGGUUUCAUCGCGCCAUUCGUAAUAAUGGUAAUCUGUUACAGUACAGUUUACAUUGAAACAAAGAAUCAUGCGGAAAGAUUAAAAAAUAACACACUUAGUGAUAUUCGUUUAGUUAACGAAGGACAUAUUCUAAAAACUAUCAUUAUUAUUGGCUUAACAUUUUGUAUUUGCUGGUCACCGUUCGUCGUGUACUUAUGCAUGAUAAUCACAGGUAGCAACAUGCCUGUUGUUUUACCUCAACUGGCGGUUAUAUUUGGUUUUUUACAGUCAGCAAUUAACCCAGUAAUAUACGCCAUGAGACAUGACUUGUUUCGUGAUAGAUACAAAAGUAUCCUAUGUUGCACAACUUACGGCCAGCAUGAAAUGAGAGCACGAACUUUAUCUUCUUCAUCAGCAAUCGUUCUAAGAAGACCUACGCUUGUUUCCAUGAGAAAAAGCACCGUUGAUGUAAACAUUGACGAAGUCUUGAUUACUACAAACACGAAUGCUUUAUCGAUUAUUUAUAAAGAACCAAAUAUGUCACAGAUGAUAGAAGCAUCAUUCGAUAAUCCAAUGUUUCAAGAAACUUAAUUAAAAAAUCCCGAUAAAACUUUAUAACAGUUACUUGGACAUAAAAAUUGAUUUAUUUAUUUAUUUAUCCGGGCCUCGAUUCUACUUAAAAAAUUGUAAACUUGGGUAGAGGCCAUGCGCUAGGCCCAAUCUCCACCCCAUGACCUGCAGCGUAUUUUAUUCAUCGUACGUGUUUCAUCCUGAUAUCCAAAAAUGUCACGGGCCCUGGGAUUGAGGUUGCAAGAGACCCUAUGAUGAU